GUAUAACCUCUCUCCGUGCCUCUCUCUGCUGCCGCAGUGAAGGAAACCCCUCUCUCCUCUCUUGUCUACGUCGCUCUCCCGCCUGUCCUAUUAUGGUAUGGGGAUACCCGCCGUCACCACCGGAUGCUACCCAUAUUUGGGCAGGUACGAAGCGCUCGGCGGGGGGAAUCCCUCGCGCCGGUGCCAGCCAAUUGGAGCAGCAGAGGAGUUACCUAGGAGACGGAGAGUAUAAAACGGGCAGCGGGCGAAGGGAGCCCGGCGUCUUCAGCAUCACCGAGCGGACGAACAGUGUCUCUCAGUCCGCGCUGACGGAUUAUCACCUGGACCUCUACCCGCUCAGAACCAGCUUUGCUCCGGCUCAGCAGCAGCUCACACGCAUUAGCCGUAAUCAGUUCACGCAGCGAUGCUUCUGGAGCGCGAGGACAGCUUCAUGUCGGAGUUCGAGGACGCGUGCAGCGCCUGGGUGGACAGCGUGGGCUCGAGCCCCAGCGACGGCGCGGACUCUGACGUGGGCUCCCCUUUCUGCCAAGUUUUCUCUCCGGGAACCGACGCCUCUGACUCAGAUUUCUUCUCGGACUUCAGCGACUGCUCUUCGGAUACGCUGUCUCCGUCCCUCGGCGACACCGGCGGCUUCUUCGCGGAGCCGGAGCCCACGGCCGCAGCGGCGGGUCUGAGCAGCACCGCAGACGCGAUCCUCAACAUGAUCACCGAGAUCGUCGGCAUCUGCACGGAGAUGGAGCACCAGGGCGACGCCGUGCGCGCGCCCCCCGCGGCGCCGGCCUCGCCUUCGCCCCCGCUGGUCUCUCCGUGCACGAGCACGGCUCCGGCGCCCCCCGCCCCCGCCCCCGCCGCUCAGCCGCUGGUGGUGGUUAAGAGCGAGGUCGGGACCUCCAGCUGCGGCAGCGGGUGCGCACAGCCCUCCAUGACCGGGGUCGACGCGCUGUUCCCGCUCGGAGCCGACUGCCUGCUGCCGCUCUCGGCUCUGGAGCAACAGGUGGACGCGGCGGAUCUCAUCGACGCUCUGCUGAGCUCCGAGUCCGGCCCGGGCGAGCAGAGGCCGGGCUGCGAGGUGAAGCAGGAGCCGCUGGGGCUGGAGGAGUGGCUGAAGAGCCUGGCGGCCGCUCCCGUUGCCGGGGGAGAUCCCGGCAGCUACGUCAUCAGCAGGCCGUUCGUCAAGACGGAGCUCGUGCAGAACGGGAACGACCUCCACUUCCCCCCCGCCCCCCUCCCCUCCACGCUGGACGCUCAGCUGCUCUCCUCCCUCCUGCAGGGCGCGUUCCCGAUAGUCAACAUCAGCGGCGUGCACGCGACAGGAGCCCCCAAAGUGCCACGCGGGGGCAGAAGAGCUCCCGCCAAGAACGGCCUGAAGGUGAAGCCGUUUCCCUGCUCCGUGCAGGGCUGCGAGCGCCGCUUCUCGCGCUCGGAUGAACUGAACAGGCACGUGCGCAUCCACACCGGCCAGAAGCCCUUCCAGUGCGCCAUCUGCGCGCGCAGCUUCAGCCGCAGCGACCACCUGACCACGCACACGCGCACGCACACCGGAGAGAAGCCCUUCUCCUGCGACGUGUGCGGCAAGAGGUUCGCGCGCAGCGACGAGCGGAAGCGGCACGGGCGCGUCCACGUCAAGCAGCAGCUGCGCGCGCAGAUGAUGGCCGCCUACUCGCUCGCCCUGAACGCGCCUGGCGUGUGAACGAGCUGCCACACAUUUACCUGCGAGGCUGCUAAAGCUUCGGGAUUUGAACCGACAAACCGUAACGCCGUCAGAGCGACGUUUCAGUGUGACGUCACAGCGUGAAGGUUUUGGGUGAGGAGGUGUUUGCGUCCGAGCUGCGCAUCCGCUGAAGGCGCAUGUUGUCACCGCUGCAGGAGGUCGAGGACUCAGAGGAGGUGGUUCUGGUAUUCUUCCCGACGGCGUCCGGUUCUGACCCGGACCAGCUGGUUUACCUCCUGCUCAUCUUCAUCAUCAUCAUCAUGGUGCUCUGAACUUUCAAACGUCCGUUUAUUGGAAAGCUUCUGGCCUGAUGUGACUCUGAACGUGUACAAAGACUUUGAAGGAGCAACGUCUCACUGUAAAAUAUACAUUUUCUACUUCUCUGCAUGAGGAUGUGAACAGUGAAGAACGUGGAUGUCGUGCUUCUGGUCUGUUGUGACUCAGAUAUUUUUAUGUCAAUGCUUCUCUAUGACAUGACUGAGGAGUUCUAUGUUUGUAUCAUAGCUCUAUUUUUCUAGAUGGUUUGUUUACCUCUUUACACUGUCACUGUUUUACAAUCAGAGUGUAUAUAUUUAUAGAGAAGACGCCACAUUUCUAUGGUGGAUCAAUGUGCAAUGAUGUCACUUUUCUAUGGACUGAUUGUAGCUGCUGUGAGGACUGUGCGGUUCCACUGUCUGCAGCUUGGUGGGAGCUGUGCAGGUUUCCUGUUCCCUCGUUCUACAUGGAGGCUGCUGCUGCUGCUGUCGCUGUCAAUAAACAAACAAACAAACCAUCAGCAAA